AUGAGGAUCUGGGCUCAUGAACGGUAUGCUUACCCUGUCUUUGUAAACUCGGUUCAAGGUGAAACACCUUCUCAGUCACCGCAGUCCGAAAUCGUCAAACAAACAUCAACACAAAUCACCCUCACAAUGUCAGACGGAACAAAAGUCGUCGACUCAGACAGAGUCUACACAACCCUCAUAACCUCACUCUCCUACCUCCCCGGCCUCCUCACUCUCCACCACUCCCUCGUCCACCGCUCCAAAACAAAAUACCCCCUCAUAGCCCUCUACACCUCUUCCUUCCCCCAGUCGGGCCUCGCCAUCCUCCGUCGCCGCAACAUCCCCUGUCAGCUCAUAACCCCCUUAUUCCCCUCUUCUUCUUCUUCCUCAAACACCCCCUCCUACUCCCACGACCCCCGAUUUAGGGAAUGCUUCACCAAGCUCAUCCCCUUCUCCCUCGUGCAGUACAAAAAGAUCAUCCAGCUCGACUCGGACAUGCUGGUCCUGCGAAACAUCGACUCGCUAUUCGACAUUGAACUCGACAGCGACAAGAGGGUGUUUGCCGCGAGCCACGCGUGCUUGUGCAAUCCCUGUCAGUUUGAGCACUACCCGGAUUAUUUCCGCCCCGAAAACUGCUAUUACACCGACCCGACCAGCAUGGGGAAGGACUACCUUAAUGGAGGGCUGCAGGUUGUGAGGCCUGAUUUGGGGGUGUAUGAGGAGAUUGUGGGGUAUAUGAACACGCCGGGGAUUGAUCUCAGUUUUGCUGACCAGAGCGUGCUUGCUGGAUGUUUUAGAGACAGAUGGGUGGGUUUGGGGUGGGAGUUUAACGCGCUCAAGACAAUGAGGUGGAGGGGGGUGCACGAUGAUGUUUGGGGGGAUGGGGAGGUGAGGAAUUUGCAUUACAUCUUGACGCCGAAGCCGUGGGAGGAGGAGAGGGAUGAGAAGGGUAGGGUGGUCAUGGGGGAGGGGAAAAGGGGGGCGGAGGACAAGGUUACGAGUCAGUGGUGGGUUGAUGUUGAUGAUGAGAGGAGGGAGCGGGAGGAGGAGAGGGGGAUCAGGGAUGGGUGGUGA